AACAUAGACUCAAACAAUGCCUAAAUCGAAGGCUUAUGCCAACCCCUUACCUUCCAAUGCCGAUGAACAACGCUAUAGUGCUAAAUGUCAGGAAUUGCGUACCAAGAUUCGUGAGAUUGAACGCGAAAACCAAAUCGUACAGUUGAAAAUCGUCAGAUCGAAGAAAAACAUACAACGCCUUCGGAUUGAGAGAUCUGUGCUGUAUGAUGCUUUGGCUACCAUCACUACGUCCGCUGCCCAAUCGUCGGGUCUCGUGCCAUCCUCUGCCAAUCCUCCUGCGACCUCAUCAUUACCUCCUAUCAACACGAAUCAUCAACAGGCCCCUCAAUCAACAACUCCAACGCCUCAAAAUCUUGAUCCUCACACGUCUUCGCACGAGACUCUUUCGGCCCCUAUCCAGGCCUCUACCACUCCGAUAGAUGAUAUUCAUUCAGUACCCGGCCGAGGACAUGUUACAUCAAUCGACGCAACCAAUCCCUCCUCUAGCAAUGGUGUUAAUAGCGCCUUGAAUUCUACUGGCGUCAAUAUCAAUGGACACACUGCCGUUCCACAGAAUCAAUACCCUUCACAUAGUGGCUCAGCGAAUCACUACCAUCAAAAUCAACCGGUAGAACUCCUCUCGGUAGAGCCCGCCACAGCUCCUGUGCAUUCUGUCGCUCAGACAAUUCCUCUUCAAUCUCGUCGCAGCCCGAACCACGAAGCCUCUCCAAUUCAACCUCCCAGCGCCUCCACUGGCCACUAUCAACAACCACAUCAAGCCCAGCCCACUUAUCCACCCUCAAACCAUAGUGCUCCCACUUCGGCUACAAGUUACCACGCGCCCCAUGCAGCAUACCAAAAUGCACACCCACACCCUACAUCUACUACUCAUUCGGCGGCUGGUAUCGAUAGCAAUGGCGAUAGGCAUAUGGCCAUGCCAGAUGACCCUCGGGGUCUUGAGGACGCUGAUGGUGCAGGUGGUGGCGAGGGGUCUGAAGAAGAGGAGGAAGAGGGCGAAGAAACAGUUGAAGAAUUUGAUCAGCAAGGGCCGCGUGAGGAGGCCGAAGACGAAGAAGAUGCUGAGGAUGAUGAGGGAGUAAAUGAAAAUGGCGCUCAGCAUCCCAUGUCGCACAACUUUCAAGAGCAUAUGGCGAUGGAAACAUCCGAGUCAACGUACUGAGAUUGCCUGUUGAAAAUGCAGUCAAAGACAACGCCACAAAUUACGUAGCUCAUCUAGGAUGGACUGAAGUUUUGUAAUUAAAGUUAACAAAUAACGUUGUAUUAUAUUGUCCAAUGAUCAUCACCAUCUGACGGUACCACCCGAG